AUGAAUGCUCCUGAAGGGCAUGCUCCUGCUCAGAAUGAUACAGCUGCAACCACAAAUUCUUCUGCAGGCUCAACUGCUCCAGAUGCUAAUGUUCAGUCCCUAAUUGAGAAAGCUCUUGCAAAGCUGUCACCUGAGCGUCGUGCCGAAGCCAUUGAUCCGAAAAGAAAGGCUCGAUCGAAAGACCCAGCAUGGAAGUAUGGGUGGUGGCCAGAUACUAGCAAGAAAGAUUUUUUGCAGUGUAUUUUUUGUGAGAAGAGGGUUCCUGCAGGAGUAAGCAGGUUUAAGCAGCACCUUGCUGGGGGUUAUGGUGAUGCACACGGUUGUGAGGAAUGUCCUGAAAUAGUAAAGAGAGAGAUGCAUGAUUACUUGAAAAAGAAUUCAAGGACUGUGUUUGUGAGUGUGCCCGAAGUAGAUGCAAAUGAAGAGGAAGAAGGUGCUGCAGCUGAGCCUCAAGCUGGAACACCAGUGCCUAGUUCUGGGACAAGGGUUAAGCAAGCAAGGAAGAAAAUUGCUCAGGCUUCCAUUGCUAACUUUGUUGUUUCUGCUGCUCCCAAACCACAAACUCAAAAGCAUUCGAAGUCAGUGAGUGCCAUGCUAUGCAAGACACCAGAAGAAGUAGUUGCAGAGAGGCACAAAUCAAAUACUUCUCAAUCUACUCUUGAGCAUUGCACAAAAAAGUCUAAGGAGGCCAAGCAAAUUGUUGAUGACCACAUUGCUGAUUUUUUCUAUGAGAAUGGCAUACCGUUGAAUGCCAUCAACUCAAGAAGUUGGGAGAUUAUGGUAGAGUCAAUUGGACAAUAUGGUCCUGGGUUACGCCCACCGUCAUACCAUGAACUAAGGGUUCCUUUGCUUGAUAGGGCUGUGAAUAGGACAGCGGAGUUGAGGAAGAAGCAUGAGGAAGCUUGGAAGGAAUAUGGCUACACCCUUAUGUCUGAUGGGUGGACUGACACAAGCCACCGCCAUCUAAUCAAUUUUCUUGCCAAUAGCCCAGCAGGGACCUUCUUCUUAGGGUCCGUUGAUGCUUCAAGUGAGGUAGCAAAUGCACAAAUGUUAGCAGAUUUGUUGGAGAAGCAAAUUGAUAAGAUUGGGAGGGAAUAUGUGGUGCAAGUUGUCACUGACAAUGGAUCCAACUUCAAGGCUGCAGGAAGGUUGUUGAUGGAGAGGAUUCCCCACUUGUUUUGGACACCUUGUGCUGCCCAUUGCUUGGACUUGAUGUUGGAGGACAUUGGGAAGAUAAAGGAGUUCAACACUUGCAUAAGCAUGGCAAAGAAAUAUGCAUAG